GUUCAGGUUGCAGAAUCAGACAGACUCUCCUAUGUUGGUGAUAACUUUGGAACAGGAUCCCUAAAAUGCAACAACCUUUGCAAGUAUUAUGUCGGGGUGCUGAACAAGGAGACCAUGAGGAUGGAGGUACACAACGCUCAACUGUUCAACAUGCAGCCCGUCAUCCCAGGGGAGGCGUCUACAGAGAAUGAUGCGUCCCAGAACACAGAUCUAACAUACAGGGAAAAGGUGGACUCUCUGAUCGAGGCGUUUGGUACCAACAAGCAGAAGAGAGCUCUGACCUCCAGGAGACUGAACCAGGUGGGCAGUGAGACCCUGCAGAGCGCUGUAGCAAAGGCUGCCCACACCAUCAUAGACCAGAAGGGCCUGGAAGUCCUUCAGCAGGAGGUUGUCCAGGCAGAGUCCCAGUCUGAAGUUUCUCAUUAUCUUCCUCCCUGCUUCCCCGACGCCGACACACCUCAACACGUCUACCUGUUUGACGACAUCCUGUCUCCGGUGGAGUACGAUGUCCUGGAUGCUGCUGGCUCCAAGAUGGCCGCCCUGACCCCAGAGGAACUACAGAACUUAACAGAUGAAGGGUGUCAGAGCGUGGUGAGUCAGUUGGAGAGCCUGCCCAGAGAGGGCGUGGCCAGAGAGAGACAUGCCCGCUGUGCCUUCUACCUCCUCCUGCUGCUCAAACUGGCACGGCAGAAAAACAUGACUCGCAAGUUCGGGCAGGAGGAGGGCUGCCCUCGUAUCAUCCACAUCAAGCUGAAGAGGACCUUCACCGUGGAGACCUUCAAUCACGGCAGGGUGCAGAACGUGGUGUCUACGUCGAUGCGUGUGAAGGUGGCAGCGUACUGCCUGGCCCUGCUGCUCCACAUGGGAGACAUGACCGCUGACCUCACCCUGUUACACAGAGACCUGGGGGUCACAGAGAAACGGAUGGUGGAGGUGGCCAAGUCGAUGGGGCUGACCCUGUCCAGACACGGCUGUGUGACGGGGGACGACGGCGGUCCGACGGCUGAAAACAGACUGGCGUCUCUGCGGCUGCCCCUCGUCAAAUACCAGACGUUCACGGAGAUACGCAAACGCAAAAAAAUGCAUUAGAGGGAAGACGAGGAAGACGAGGAAGACGAGGGGAAACGCUUCCAAAACACACCGACAGCGUCCCAUUUUGAGCAAAAUAGUGCGCGGCCUCGUCUGGUUAUGACUGAAGUUCAACAUUCACCUUUUCUGCUGCAGACAGUCUGAUACAUCCAACGUGACGCUCUACCCAGAAGGCACUGCGACUGCCUCUGAAACGCAACGCCGCAAGGAUAACUUCUGGGUGUACCAACAUGUAAUGACUCUGUCGGUGUGAUUGAAGUGGAAGGAGGAGGGGAGGAAGCCGUCUGUCAAGCCGUCUGCAGCAGACAGUCUGAUACAUCCAACGUGACGCUCUACCCAGAAGGCACUGCGACUGCCUCUGGAGAUGAAUGUACUUCUGGUUGUACCAACGUGUAAUGACUCUGUCGGUGUGAUUGAAGUGGAAGGAGGAGGGGAGGAAGACAUGGGGGAAGGAGGAAGAGGAGAGGGUAAAUAUUCCUAGAGAGGGGAGGUGAGGAAGACUGGGGGAAGGAGGAAGAGGGAAGGGUAAAUAUUCCUAGAGAGGGGAGGUGAGGAAGACUGGGGUAAGGAGGAAGAGGAGAGGGUAAAUAUUCCUAGAGAGGGGAGGUGAGGAAGACUGGGGUAAGGAGGAAGACUGGGGUAAGGAGGAAGAGGGGAGGGGAGGUGAGGAAGACUGGGGUAAGGAGGAAGAGGGGAGGGGAGGUGAGGAAGACUGGGGUAAGGAGGAAGAGGGGAGGUGAGGAAGACUGGGGUAAGGAGGAAGAGGGAAGGGUAAAUAUUCCUAGAUAGAGGAGAGGAAGACUGGGAUAAGGAGGAAGAGGAAAGGGUAAAUAUUCCUAGAGGGGAGGUGAGGAAGACUGGGAGGAAGAGGGAAGGGUAAAUAUUCCUAGAGGGGAGGUGAGGAAGACUGGGAUAAGGAGGAAGAGGAAAGGGUAAAUAUUCCUAGAGGGGAGGUGAGGAAGACUGGGUUAAGGAGGAAGAGGGAAGGGUAAAUAUUCCUAGAGGGAAGGAGGGUUAGAUAAAGAUGGAUACUAGAAACCCUCCUCACAAAGUAUUCUGUAAACAAAUAAAACAAUUUAAUGUACUAAACUAA